UGUUGCCGCUAUUGACAACGCAAAUUAUCUGCAAUCGUUAUCGGUCGCUGCCUGAAGAGAAUCGGAUUCAUAUUUACGCGUAUAAAACCACUGAUAAAGUUAUAAACAAUUGCAAAAUAUGUGCAUUAACAUAACUGUCACACACAUUAAAAGCUAAAAAUGUGCAGUGCGCAAUGUGUCUAGUGAAUUGAGCCAAGAACGUGCUGGAAAAAGAAAAACAAACCGAAGAGAAACCCACCCACAACAACCACAACCCAAUUGGACAACUAUAUUUUAGUGGCCGGAUAAAAACAGUUAUAGAAAACAGAAUUGCUAACAAAAAGAGACGUGCAAAGCGCAAUACAAUGGAGAAAAACAACUCCAGUGUUAUUGCGGCUACAGCAACAACAUCGACGUCAGCGAUAAAUUCAACCAAAAAUAGCACGGAUCUUCAACAACAACAACAACAGCGUUAUCCAAAGUCGUGCAUCAAAAAAGUGAAAUUCUCAAGUGAGAGUCUUAAAUCAUCAGAAGUUGAUGGUCUCUGUGAGCAAUUGAAGGAUAACGUUUUAACCGAUUUGAGCAAUUUCAACAUUAACAACAAUAACAACAAUAAUAUUGAUAUCAAAUACAACAACAAAAUGAGCGAACAGGAGGCAACAACAACUGCAACAGCGGAAACGGAAACAGAUGGGGAACGUCCCAGUUUUUUGGUCGGCGACGAAAUCGAAGAAAAGGAGGCCAUCGAAGCUGGUGAAGCUGGCGAUGAAUUCCCGCAGAAAAUGCAAAGCGAUGUUCGUCAAAACGGCGAUAUUGCGGAACGGCGCAAGCGUCUGAGACCCAGCAUGUCUCGCGGCACGGGGCUCGGACAGGAGCGGGAUCAAUAUCGGGAUUUUCAUAUUGCCACCACGGAGGAGUUCGUGAAACGCUUCGGAGGCACCCGAGUGAUAAAUCGUGUGCUCAUUGCCAACAAUGGCAUUGCGGCGGUCAAGUGCAUGCGUUCCAUCCGUCGUUGGUCCUACGAGAUGUUCAAGAACGAACGUGCCGUUCGUUUUGUGGUGAUGGUAACGCCCGAGGAUCUGAAGGCCAAUGCCGAGUACAUUAAAAUGGCCGAUCACUAUGUUCCAGUUCCCGGUGGAUCGAACAACAACAACUAUGCCAAUGUUGAGCUCAUUGUCGAUAUCGCACUUCGCACUCAAGUGCAGGCUGUCUGGGCAGGUUGGGGUCAUGCCUCGGAGAAUCCAAAGUUGCCGGAGCUGCUGCACAAGGAGGGACUCGUGUUUCUGGGUCCUCCCGAGCGUGCCAUGUGGGCAUUGGGUGACAAGGUGGCCUCCUCGAUUGUGGCCCAGACGGCGGAGAUACCAACAUUGCCCUGGUCUGGCUCAGACCUGAAAGCGCAAUACAGUGGCAAGAAGAUAAAAAUAUCCAGUGAACUCUUUGGACGCGGUUGUGUCAACAAUGUGGAACAGGGAUUAGCUGCGGUCAGCAAGAUUGGUUUCCCUGUGAUGAUCAAGGCCUCGGAGGGAGGCGGUGGCAAGGGCAUACGUCGUGUGGACACGGCGGAGGAGUUUCCCGCGCUUUUCCGACAGGUGCAGGCCGAGGUGCCCGGCUCCCCGAUCUUUGUGAUGAAGCUGGCGAGUGGAGCACGUCACUUGGAGGUGCAACUGCUGGCGGAUCAAUAUGGCAAUGCCAUCAGUUUGUUUGGACGCGAUUGUUCAAUCCAGCGGCGUCAUCAGAAGAUCAUUGAGGAGGCGCCCGCAAUUGUGGCACAGCCCGAGGUCUUUGAGGACAUGGAGAAGGCUGCAGUGCGUCUGGCCAAGAUGGUGGGCUAUGUGAGCGCCGGCACUGUGGAGUAUCUGUAUGACCAGGAGGGUAAUUACUUCUUUCUCGAGCUGAAUCCACGUCUCCAGGUGGAGCAUCCUUGCACGGAAAUGGUUGCCGAUGUCAAUCUGCCCGCCUGUCAGCUCCAGAUUGGCAUGGGAAUCCCUCUGUAUCGCCUCAAGGAUAUCCGCCUGUUAUAUGGCGAAUCCCCUUGGGGUUCUUCCGUCAUUGACUUUGAGAAUCCACCGAACAAGCCACGCCCAUCCGGUCAUGUGAUUGCCGCCCGCAUCACCUCGGAGAAUCCCGACGAGGGAUUCAAACCCAGCUCCGGCACCGUCCAGGAGCUCAACUUCCGGUCCAGCAAGAAUGUCUGGGGCUACUUUAGUGUGGCGGCCUCUGGAGGAUUACAUGAGUUUGCCGACUCGCAGUUCGGACAUUGCUUCUCCUGGGGAGAGAAUCGUCAGCAGGCGCGAGAGAAUCUGGUGAUUGCCCUCAAGGAGCUAUCGAUUCGUGGUGAUUUCCGUACCACGGUCGAGUAUCUGAUCACAUUGCUGGAGACGAAUCGAUUUCUGGACAACACCAUUGACACCGCCUGGUUGGAUGCCCUAAUUGCCGAGCGUAUGCAGUCGGAGAAGCCGGAUAUACUCCUCGGGGUCAUGUGUGGAUCGUUGCACAUUGCGGACCGUCAGAUUACCGAGUCAUUCUCCAGUUUCCAGACCUCACUCGAGAAGGGACAGAUCCAGGCAGCCAAUACCUUGACCAAUGUGGUGGAUGUGGAGCUAAUCAAUGGCGGGAUUAGGUACAAAGUCCAGGCAGCAAAGAGUGGACACAAUUCCUACUUUCUGUUGAUGAACAAUUCGUUCAAGGAGAUUGAGGUGCAUCGUCUGUCGGACGGAGGACUCCUCAUCUCACUGGAGGGCGCCUCGUACACCACCUACAUGAAGGAGGAGGUGGAUCGCUAUCGCAUUGUCAUUGGCAAUCAGACCUGUGUGUUUGAGAAGGAGAAUGAUCCCUCGUUGUUGCGUAGUCCCUCGGCGGGCAAGCUCAUCAACAUGAUUGUCGAGGAUGGUGCACAUGUGGGCAGGGGUCAGGCUUAUGCCGAGAUUGAGGUCAUGAAGAUGGUGAUGACACUAACUUCCACGGAAGCCGGUACUGUCACCUAUGUGCGUCGUCCUGGAGCUGUGCUGGAUGCGGGUUCACUGCUUGGCCACCUGGAACUGGAUGAUCCGUCGCUGGUAACCAAGGCUCAGCCUUGCAAGAGUCAAUUCCCGCAGCCGGAGAAUGCACCCGUGCCGGAGAAGCUCAACCGUGUGCACAACACGUACAAGAGCAUUCUGGAGAACACCUUGGCGGGCUAUUGUCUCCCGGAACCAUUUAAUGCUCAACGCUUACGUGACAUUAUUGAGAAGUUCAUGCAGAGUCUGAGAGAUCCGUCGCUGCCGCUGCUCGAGCUGCAGGAGGUGAUUGCCUCGAUCUCGGGCAGAAUCCCGCUGUCCGUGGAGAAGAAGAUCCGCAAACUGAUGACACUCUAUGAGCGCAACAUUACCAGUGUGCUGGCCCAGUUCCCCUCCCAGCAGAUCGCCAGUGUGAUCGAUAGCCAUGCGGCCACGUUGCAGAAGCGUUCCGAUCGCGAUGUCUUCUUCCUGACCACCCAGAGCAUUGUCCAGCUGGUGCAGCGCUAUAGGAACGGCAUCCGUGGCAGGAUGAAGGCGGCGGUUCAUGAGCUACUGCGUCAAUACUACGAUGUGGAAUCCCAGUUCCAGCAUGGACACUACGACAAGUGUGUGGGACUUGUGCGAGAGCACAACAAGGAUGACAUGUUGACCGUGGUCAACACAAUAUUCUCGCAUUCGCAGGUGGCCAAAAAGAAUCUCUUGGUCACGCUGCUCAUCGAUCAUCUGUGGGCCAAUGAGCCGGGACUAACCGAUGAGCUGGCCAACACACUGAGUGAACUGACCUCCCUCAAUCGGGCGGAGCAUUCCCGUGUCGCACUGAGAUCUCGCCAGGUCUUGAUCGCCGCCCAUCAGCCGGCUUAUGAGUUGCGACACAAUCAAAUGGAAUCCAUCUUCCUCUCGGCUGUGGAUAUGUAUGGUCACGAUUUCCAUCCGGAGAAUCUACAGCGAUUGAUUCUGUCGGAGACCUCGAUCUUUGACAUCCUUCAUGACUUCUUCUAUCACUCGAAUCGCGCCGUUUGCAAUGCCGCCUUGGAGGUCUAUGUGAGACGUGCCUACACCUCCUAUGAGCUGACCUGUCUGCAGCAUCUGGAGCUAUCUGGCGGUCUACCUUUGGUCCACUUUCAAUUCCUGCUCCCCACGGCGCAUCCCAAUCGUCUGUUCUCCCGCAUGAGCUCUCCGGAGGGAUUGGAUCAUGUGGUGGCCGAGUCUCUGGGCAGUUCCUUUGUGCGAACUGGCGCCAUUGCCGCCUUUGAUUCCUUUGAGCACUUUGAAAUGUACUCGGAUGAGAUACUCGAUCUUCUGGAGGAUUUCGUGUCGCCGGCUUUGGUCAGUGCCAAGGUCUUGGAGGCUGUCGAGGCUGCGGAUUCCAUCUCGGAUGGCCGGCACAGUACGUCCAUCAAUGUCUCAUUGUCGGAUCCCAUUACCCGGGCCAAUGCCGCGGAGGAGGCCAAAUCCACGGAACCCAUUCACAUCAUUAGUGUCGCUGUGCGGGAGACGGGAGAAAUGGAUGAUGUCCAGAUGUCACAGAUCUUUGGCAACUAUUGCCGGGAGCACAACGAGGAGCUCUUCCAGCGUCGCAUCCGUCGGAUUACGUUUGCCGCCUUGAAGAAGCGUCAAUUCCCCAAAUUCUUUACGUAUCGGGCGCGAGAUAAAUUCGAGGAGGAUCGCAUCUAUCGCCAUCUGGAGCCGGCAUCUGCCUUCCACUUGGAGCUGAAUCGCAUGAAGACCUAUGAUCUGGAGGCGUUGCCCACGGCGAAUCAAAAGAUGCAUCUGUAUCUGGGCAGAGCCAAGGUAUCCAAGGGUCAAGAGGUCACCGACUAUCGUUUCUUUAUACGUUCCAUCAUCCGUCACUCGGAUCUGAUCACCAAGGAGGCAUCCUUUGAGUAUCUGCAGAACGAGGGUGAACGUGUGCUGCUCGAGGCCAUGGAUGAACUGGAGGUGGCCUUCUCGCAUCCUCAUGCCAAGCGCACCGAUUGCAAUCACAUCUUCCUCAACUUUGUGCCCACUGUGAUUAUGGAUCCGGCGAAGAUCGAGGAAUCCGUCACCAAGAUGAUCAUGCGUUAUGGUCCACGUUUGUGGAAACUGCGUGUGCUCCAAGCGGAGCUUAAGAUGGUCAUCCGACAGUCGCCACAGUCAGCCACACAGGCGGUGCGUCUCUGCAUUGCCAACGACUCGGGUUACUUCCUGGACAUCUCCAUGUACACGGAGCAAACGGAACCCGAAACGGGCAUUAUCAAAUUCAAGGCCUAUGGCGAGAAGCAGGGAUCUCUACAUGGUCAUCCCAUAUCCACGCCGUACAUGACCAAGGAUUUCCUGCAGCAGAAGCGCUUCCAGGCGCAAUCCAAUGGCACCACCUAUGUCUACGAUGUGCCCGACAUGUUCCGCCAGAUGACGGAGCGUCAUUGGAAGGAGUUCUCCAAGGCGCGUCCCACGGUGGAUAUACGCAUUCCCGACAAGAUCCUGUUGGAGUGCAAGGAGCUGGUGCUCGAGGGUGACAGUCUGGUUGAGAUGCAGCGCCUUCCAGGCGAGAAUAAUUGCGGCAUGGUUGCCUGGCGCAUUGUGCUGGCCACGCCGGAGUAUCCAGCUGGACGUGAGAUCAUUGUGAUUGCCAAUGAUUUGACCUAUCUAAUUGGUUCCUUUGGCAUCAAGGAGGAUGUGCUCUUUGCCAAGGCAUCACAAUUGGCCAGACAGCUCAAAGUACCCAGAAUCUACAUCUCUGUGAACAGUGGCGCAAGGAUUGGACUCGCUGAGGAGGUGAAAGCCAUGUUUAGAAUAGCCUGGGAGGAUCCCGAGGAGCCAGACAAGGGCUUCAAGUAUCUGUAUUUGUCUACUGAGGAUUAUGCCAACGUGGCCAAUCUGAAUUCGGUGCGUGCCAUUCUGAUUGAGGAUGAGGGCGAGCAGCGUUACAAGAUCACGGAUAUAAUUGGCAAGGAUGAUGGCUUGGGUGUGGAGAAUCUACGUUAUGCUGGCCUCAUUGCUGGUGAAACCUCACAGGCCUACGAGGAGAUUGUCACCAUUGCCAUGGUCACCUGUCGCACCAUUGGCAUUGGUUCCUACGUUGUGCGUCUGGGACAACGUGUCAUCCAGAUUGAUAAUUCCCAUAUUAUACUCACGGGUUAUGCCGCUUUGAAUAAGUUGCUGGGUCGCAAGGUUUACGCCUCCAAUAAUCAGCUGGGCGGCGUCCAGAUCAUGUACAACAAUGGCGUCACCCACAAAACUGAGGCCAUUGACUUGGACGGUGUCUACACAAUACUCGACUGGUUAUCGUACAUUCCCGCCUAUAUUGGCUGCGAUCUGCCCAUAAUCCUGCCCAGCGAUCGUGUCGAUCGUCCUGUUGACUUUAUGCCCACCAAAUCUCCAUAUGAUCCACGCUGGAUGCUCGCUGGACGUGUCAAUCCCGUGAAUGCCAAUGAUUGGGAGAACGGCUUCUUUGAUCGCGACUCUUGGAGCGAGAUCAUGGCGCCCUGGGCCAAAACUGUUGUCACGGGACGUGCUCGUCUGGGAGGCGUGCCCGUUGGCGUUAUUGCCGUGGAAACACGCACCGUGGAGGUGGAAAUGCCCGCGGAUCCGGCCAAUCUCGAUUCGGAGGCCAAGACGUUGCAGCAGGCGGGUCAAGUCUGGUAUCCGGAUUCAUCGUACAAGACGGCACAGGCCAUCAAAGAUUUCGGACGGGAGGAGUUGCCAUUGAUUGUGUUUGCCAACUGGCGUGGCUUCUCUGGCGGCAUGAAGGACAUGUACGAGCAGAUCGUCAAAUUUGGCGCCUACAUUGUCGACGGAUUGCGAGAGUACAAGAAACCGGUGCUCAUCUAUUUGCCACCCAAUGCGGAGCUACGUGGUGGCGCCUGGGCUGUGCUUGAUUCCCUCAUAAAUCCCCGUUACAUGGAAACCUAUGCCGAUCCAGAGGCACGUGGCGGAGUCCUCGAACCCGAGGGCAUUGUCGAGAUCAAGUACAAAGAGAAGGAUCUCAUCAAGACAAUCCAUCGGCUGGACGCGACGACAAUUGGGCUGAAACGUGAGCAUGAUGAAGCUAUGGCCGCUGGCGAUAAGGUGCGAGCAGCGCAGCUGGAUGAGAAGAUUAAGGCCCGCAUCGCCAUAUUGAUGCAUGUGUAUCACACGGUCGCCGUUCACUUUGCCGAUCUGCAUGACACGCCCGAGCGCAUGCUGGAAAAGGAAUGCAUCAGUGAGAUUGUGCCCUGGCGUGAGUCACGUCGCUGGCUCUACUGGCGCCUGCGUCGUCUGCUGCUCGAGGAUGCCUACAUCAAGAAGAUACUGCGUGCCCAGGAUAAUCUAUCUGUGGGCCAGGCCAAGCAGAUGCUGCGACGUUGGCUGGUGGAGGACAAGGGCGCCACUGAGGCAUAUUUGUGGGACAAGAAUGAGGAGAUGGUGUCCUGGUAUCAGGAACAAACGAAUACUGAGUCCAUUGUGUCCAGAAAUGUAAACUCUGUGAAGCGGGAUGCUAUUAUCUCAACGAUAUCCAAAAUGCUAGAGGAUUGUCCGGAUGUGGCGCUGGACGCUGUCGUCGGUCUCUGUCAAGGAUUGACGCCGGUGAAUCGGGGAGUUGUUGUACGCACCCUUGCACAAAUGCAGCUGAACGAGGAAUCCUCGGCAAAUACCCAAGGAUGACUUUACGCUAACUUUUAAGACAUAUAUUGUAUGAGUCUCCAUAGUAAUUGGACUAACAAUCGGAUAAACGGAUUAUGGUCUGUGGAUUAAUCAAAUCAAGCAUCAAUGAGAUGCUUUCGACAAAACUGUUAAAAGCCUUGCUUUUGUAAUAUACUACAAAUGGAGCAUAUUUUUGCAUUUUGUUUAGUUGAAUUCUUUUAAAUAUAAUUAGCCUAUAUACAUAUUUUAAAAAUAAUUUAGUUUCUUUCAAAUGGAAAGCAGACACAGUUCUUGGAAUGGGCAGGAAAAUUUUCUAGUUUUAGUAAAACGCGCUCUAAUCGUGUCCUACAAAUAUUCAUAUAUAUAGAUAUAUAUACACUGUCUUUCAUUGUAUUUGUAUUGUAUACAAAAGCAUAAACUUUCCGUUAGUUGUCUAAGACUUCAAAUUGUUUAUAUACUACACAGAAAUUUAUUUGUGAAUUGGAUUAUAUACGCAUACAAUAUUGUGAAUAAUAUGUAUUUACAUGUUUCAUAAAAACAAGUUGAAUUUA